AUGCAUCUCUUGUCCUACGCAGUAAUCGCUGCGCUCGCGGCCCUCCCUACACACGCUCUCAAACGAGGUACACUGGGCUUCGCACUCGGCACAAAGAAGCCAGACGGCAGCUGCAAGACCACACCCGACUACAAAGCAGACUUCGACGCCAUCAAGCUCAAUACCGGCUCCACGCUCGUACGUGGGUACUCCGCUAGGGAUUGCAACUGCGCCCAAGAGAUCCUCCCAGCUGCCGAAAGCAAGGGCUUCCAAGUCGUCCUCGGCGUCUGGCCCGACACGGACGCGAGCUUCCUUGCCGACAAGCAAGCGCUGGUAGAUCAUGCCACGAAAAACACCGACCAAGUCUACGCCGUCACCAUAGGCAGCGAGACGCUAUACCGCGGCAACUUCACAGGGCAGGAAUUGCUCAGCAAGAUCAACGAUGUCAAGUCUAUUCUUCCAAACACCAACGUCGGGACCGCAGACAGCUGGAACAAGUUCGCCGACGGAACGGCUGAUGCCUUGAUAAAGGGUGGCGUGGAUUUGAUCUUGGCGAAUGCAUUCUCGUACUGGCAAGGCAAGAACGUCGGAGGUGGAGCUGUAUUCACGUACUUGGACGACAUUCAGCGAGCCCUUGGUCGCAUCCAACAGGUGUCCGGGUCGCUGAACAGGACGGAACUCUGGAAUGGUGAGACGGGCUGGCCGACUGAUUGGGGUACCAAUUACGGUGCUGCCAUGGCCGGGACGAAGAACGCUGCGACGCUGUACUCGGAGGGUGUCUGUGGUCUGCUGGACUGGGGUGUCAACGUCUUCUACUUUGAAGCCUUCGAUGAGCCGUGGAAGCCAGUCUCGAUCGGCGACAACGGCGUUGCAGCGGACGAGACACGCUGGGGCGCAAUGACGGCUGAUCGUUCGCCAAAGCCUGGGUUCCCAUUGCACUGCAAGCAGUGGGGUGGUGCAACCUCUUCAUAA